AUGUCUGAAACAGUCGAGUCCGUGCCAGUGCCCACAGACGGCUCUUGGAAGGUGGUGGCCAAGGAUCUGAAGGCUCGCAAGAAGCGGAAGCACAGCCGCCGGGAGAACUACUCCAUCUACGUGUACAAGGUGCUGAAGCAGGUCCACCCGCUCACCAGCAUCUCGACCAAGGCCAUGGGAAUCAUGGACUCAUUUAUCAACGACAUCUUCGAGCGCAUCGCCAGCGAGGCCUCCCGCCUGGCGCGCUGUAACAAGCGCUCGACCAUCACAUCCCGGGAGAUCCAGACAGCCGUGCUGCUGACGCUUCCCGGGGAGCUGGCCAGGCAUGCGGUGUCCGAGGGCACCAAGGCCAUCACCAAAUACACCACCGCGAAAUGA